AUGUCCGUCGAACUUAGUCCCGCUAAUCAAUUAGGAUUCCCUCGUCCUCUAACAACCCUUACCAAAAAAUCAUUAUACAUUCACAAUCCCAAUCCUCAUCCUGUAGCUUUCAAGGUAAAAACUACUGCUCCCAAACAAUAUUGCGUUAGACCUAAUUCAGGUAGAGUAGAAACAGGUGAAACUGUUGAGGUUCAAGUCCUUCUUCAACCUCUUCAACAGGAACCUCCACCUCACGCAAAAUGCAAGGAUAAGUUCUUGGUUCAAUCUGCUUACAUCACUCCUGAUGAAGAGAUGCACACUCUUGGUGAAAUGUGGGCUCAAACCGAGAAGACGAACAAAUCCGCUAUUCAAGAACAGAAAAUCAAAGUGGUUUACGUCGCUGCAGAAGAUGGAUCCUCCAAUCCAAAUGGUAUUCCAGAAGAAGCUGAAGACAACGCUGGUGACGCAAGUAGAUUAGAAGAAUCUCAUAAUCACCCAAGUGAUGGGUUGACUCGCUGGACAACAAAACCGGACAAGGAAUAUGAUCCAAUGUUGUUUCGCAACGCUGGCUUUUCUUAUUGGGAGACUGAAAAGCCACCUUACAUUCCUCCUCCAUUCCCUGCAAUCUUCUCUCACGCCCAAUCAUCGCCUUCUCAAUCCCACCCACUUCCACCUGCGCAAGAUAAACCUAUUCCUGUUCCGGUCGAAGUAUCACCUCCUUCAACAGCUGCACACGUACCAAAAUUACCUGAUCUCACUCCUACUCAAGCUGGAUCCACCAAUAUCGCAUUGGAAAAAUCACUUUCAACCACAACUUCAGAUUCUGAUAAAUUAGCUGCAGCAUUAAAAGAAAUCGACAAACUUCGAUCUGAAUUAGAAGAAUAUAAAUCUCCUCAAGUAACAGGUCUAAGAAAGCGUGGUACUGGAACCAAUGGAACUUCUGGAUCAGGAGCUGAAACAAUCGUAGAAAAAGCUAAAGAUGCCGUUGCGAAUUCUUCAGUUACAGCAGGUGGUCAACAAGGUGUACCACUUGAAGUUGUAGUGGCUUUAGUAGCUGGUGUUUUCGUCUUGACCUAUUUAUUCUUCUAA